GCAUUGUAAAUUAGAGAUAGGUGGUGUCUCAGACCUCCUCCUCUGUUGAGAGAUGGUUUUUUAAUUUCAUAUAGAUGACUUCUAUGUGAAAAAAAACAAAGACAGUGCAGCUCGUGAGACUUUUGGAUGUUGGUAGAGAACAUGAAUAAGGAGGGAGUUUGUAUUAUAUUGCAUUAUAAAGAAACAUGUACCAGUACAUUCAGUGGUUGCAUAAUGAAUAUAAUCCUCAUACAAACUUCCAUGAACCGAGUCUAAGAUAAAUCUCCCCCACAGCACAGCACACAGUAACAUUUUUUUUACAUUUAUUUCUAUAAUAGAAUCCAUCCAAAAUCUCUAUAGUCAAUAAAACAUGUUAUAAACAAUUGAUGAUGUCAAUGCAUUUACAUGCUUUACACUGUACUGUAGCAGUCUAGUAUGAACAGGUCAAACCUGGCUUAAAAGCCAGCAUGCUUCAGAGAUUAUUGGUUUCUGCAACAGGCUAACCUAUAAAAGGAAUACACUGGUACAUGUGACGUGACUUUAACUGCUGUCAAUAUAACUAGAUCAACUGGUUGGGAGACAUGUACCACAGAGUACAUAAAGAUAAGAAGGAGUGACAGCUUGUUAAACUUGCAGUGAAGCACAUUUUUAAAAUGUUUCUUUUCCCCUGAUUCCAUUGUACAGUUUUGUUUACAAAAGGUCUUUCUCAUCUCUGGGCCCCGUAGCUUUAAUGUUUGGCAAACAAUAAUGUGUUUAAUAAGCCUAAAGGCUAAAAUAUUUGAUGAAGUUGUGCGCUUGUGGAAGGACAAGUUUGCUAUCAUAGAUGAGUCAGUACUUUCAUUUGUCAGCAGAAGUGCAGUUUUAGAUACAUUCAUAGAUCUGUAGAUUGUUUAAGAAUUCCUUGGGAAACAGAAGUACUCUAUAUUCUACAACUGGGGAUAUUUAUUUGGGAGGAAUUUAAAUUAGUAUUAGAUUUAUUUCUACUACUCUUUACCACUUUGAGAAAUUAUUCCCAGACAUGUGCAAGUGCGUUAUUGUUGUGCUGAGCAUACUUCAACUUGCCUCGGUAAGUACAUAUGUGUCUUUUUAUUGUUACAGAAAAUUGCAUCUAUUUGUCUAUAAAUUUAAUCCAGUUUGAUGCUGUCAUGACCCCUGACUUAUUCAUUUCUAGUCUCUCAAGCCAUUGCUGAUAGAGGUUGAUGAUGAGAACUUGGACAUAACUGAAAUAAACAAAGGCUUGGAUUAUUUUGAUGGUGACAUUAUGGAAGAAAUUCAGACUAAAAGAAGAAUCUCCAGGAAUGCCAUUUUGAAUAGAAAACAUUUGUGGGACAACCCUGUUUCUUAUGUAUUAGAAGACAGCCUUGAUAUGAACGCAAAAGGAGUCAUUUUGCAGGCCUUUGAACAUUUCCGUUUGAAGACAUGUAUUGAUUUCAGACCCAGACAGUCUGAGAAAUACUACCUUUCAGUGAGAAAGAAUCCAGGGUGUUAUUCUUUUGUUUCAAAAGUUGUUAAAAACGGGCAAGUUGUUUCCAUUGGUGACAGAUGUGAUAGUCUUGGUAUAGUAGAGCACGAGUUUCUCCAUGCUCUGGGCUUUUAUCAUGAACUAUCAAGGUAUGACAGAGACAGCUACGUAACCAUUAUCUGGAAAAACAUCAAGCAUGGAUACGAGCAAAACUUUGUGAAAUUAAGCCCACAUCAAAGUAAAACUUUUAAUACUCCAUAUGACUACCUAUCAGUGAUGCACUAUGGCAAAGAUGUCUUUUCUAAAAACUCAGGAAACACAGUUGUCACUAAGCUACCCCAGUAUCAGGACAAAAUUGGCCAGCGAAUCGAAAUGAGUGCAAUUGAUGUAUAUAAACUGAAUCGCCUUUAUAACUGCAAUGCGUCGGUUUCUUUUAUGGAGUACUGCGACUUUUCCAGUGUUGAUAUCUGUGGGAUGAGCCAUUGUGAAAAAGGUUUGGCAAAAGGCUGGGAGAGACUGAGUGCUGCUGCUGGAGAGCCUUUUACUGACCACACCAACCUCAAAAAGUCUGGAGAUAAAGGUUACUUCAUGCAUGCAAGCACAGCAUCAGGUCAAGAGGGAGACUUAGCAUGGCUGGAGACCAAGAGGAUGACCCCAGCUAGAGAGUGUCAUGUCCAGUGUCUCCAGUUCUACUAUUACCAUAGCGGAAGCUCGUCAGACCAGCUCAACAUCUGGAUCAGAGAGUUCCAGGAUGAGGAGGACUCUAAAGGAGAUAUUCGCCUCAUGGAUCAGAUCACUGGUAAACCAACCUAUGAUUGGAAGUUUCACAAAGUUUCCCUGAAUGCUGCUAAGCCUUUUCAGGUUGCGUUUGAGGUGCGUAAAGGAAAUGAAGAGUCUUCAGGAGGCUUUUCCAUUGAUGAUAUCAACCUAUCUGAGUUUGAGUGUCCACAUCAUGUGUGGCAAAUUAAUGACUUUGAGAGACUUUUGACAAGCAGUGACUACAACAGUUAUCUGCUCAGUCCUCGUGUGUAUUCCACAGAAGGUUAUGCUUACCAGAUUUUAAUUGCUCUGCGAGAAACCUUUUUUGGAGUGUAUUUCCGUUUGGUGUCAGGUGACUAUGAUUCAACACUGGAAUGGCCUUGCCCAUGGAGGCAGCUGACCUUCAUCAUGCUCGACAAGAACUCACACAUUCAACAGCAGAUGUCAAAAUACUUAAGUCUAACUACUUCUCCAUCAUCAACUGCAUUUGACAACCCUCGUUUUGUGGGAAGACUUACUAGAAGUAAUGGAGAAUCUUUAUAUGUGAACCCAGCCUAUGGGAUGAUAUCGUUUCUCUCCUUGGAGCAAAUUAGGAGCCGAGACUUCUUGAAGGGUGGCACUGCUGUCUUUCUCUUUUCAUUGACAGAUAUUUCCAGUCUGCAGCAUAAAAGCUCUCUGCCUUGUCCAAAACAUUGGCCAAGCAAAUAUGAAUCUACCUACCCAAACAACUAUAACAAAGGCCCAUGUAACACAGGGGUUGGACAAAGUUGAAUCACACUAAAUUAACAUUGUUCCUGUGAGGGCUGGCCUCAUUAUGGAAACACACAUCAAGAAUUGAGGAUUCUUUCAUACAACAGGAUCACCAUCCUCUCCAAGCCUCCUUAUGUUUGCUGUCAUAGAGCCAAAAGAUUUGUAUGAUUCAAAUUGUUAUAUGGAAUUACUAAAACAAACUAAAUCAGUCGUAAACAGAUAUUUCAGAUUUUCAGUAUUUUGUGUGUGUUACAUGUUCUCACUGUAAGUGUGCAUAAAAUUUCCUUCCACUUGUUGAUCAAACCGCUGACUCAAAAAUCCCUUUGGAGCUGUGACACUGCAGAGUAAAAAUUCCACAACAGUGAAAACAUAAAGGUGAAGUUUUUUAUUUAUUUAUUUUUUAUAAAAUCAAAUGGGAAUUAAGUAGAAUGUAAUACAAAGCAAAGCAAACAAUAAACCAUUCAACACAGAAGAACAAAAAAAACUUUCAUACUUCUAUAAGACAUUUGAUAAGUGCAUGAGAGAGUUACUCUCAUCUACAUAGAGGAAUAACUUCCUGGAAGCAUUGUGCUGUCCACCUCUGAGGUUCUCCUUCUGCAGAAACUCUCAUACAAAUAGAGAAC